AUGCACUUGCGGGAGGGUCGGUUCCUCGAUGCGCACACCGAUUUCUUCGAGGCCUUCAAGAAUUACGACGAGAGUGGAUCGCCACGCCGUACGACUUGCCUCAAGUACCUUGUGCUCGCCAACAUGCUCAUAAAAUCGGAUAUCAAUCCGUUCGACAGUCAGGAAGCGAAACCGUUCAAGAACGAGCCGGAGAUUGUGGCGAUGACGCAGAUGGUGCAGGCGUAUCAGGAGAAUGACAUAAACGCAUUCGAACAGAUAAUGGCUGCUCACAAGUAGGCUCCUCAUCGUUCCUUAUUCUGCACUGAGUUGUAUUCCUUUCAGGGACAGCAUCAUGGGCGAUCCGUUCAUUCGAGAGCACACGACGGAACUAAUGAACAACAUCCGUACUCAAGUUCUUCUCCGUCUUAUCCGUCCUUACACCAACGUCCGAAUCAGUUAUCUGGCUCAAAAGUUGAAGGUUUCCGAGUGUGAAGUGGUCCAUCUUCUGGUCGAUUCCAUCUUGGACGACGGACUCGAGGCGAAGAUCAACGAGGAGUCGGGAAUGAUCGAGAUGCCGAAGAACAAGAAGAAGAUGGCCGUCUCUUCCCUGGUCGUGCCGAAUGCCGGAGAUCAGAUAGAUCCGGUCAGUCCAGCACAAACCCUUUUGCAGUUUUCUAAUUCAAUUGAAUUCAGAAGGGAGACGCGAAAGCGGGCUCUUCCUCCGAUCUGUCAGCUUCAGCUGCGACCGCUUCGGCCACCUUGUCCGCCCCUCAGCCCGCAUCCUGCCAACAAGAACUCUCUUUGGAAGCACUCCGCAUCUGGGCAGACCGUAUCGACUCGAUCCAAUCGAUAAUCGGAAACAGACAAAGAAUAUAA